GCACGCGACUCGCUAGCGCCAGUGUCGUACGCGCGAGCUCCGCGUAAAAUGAACGCGUCGUAAAAUUCGCAACUUAAAAAAAAAGUGUCAACAAAAGAACGUUUCUGUUUCGAAAUUCGAACCGUUUGUACUGUUUUCGGCCAGUGCAGUAAUAAAUUAUUUACAGUGUGUGUUUUGGUAAAUUUUGUGAUUGUGUUUUUUUGUUGUCAAUUUGAAACAUUGUUGUGGUUCAUGAAGGAAAUGACGGCAGAAUGACCGAUAAGCGGCUGAUACAGCGAGUUUGCAAGCUGGUUCAAUAAGCAAUUUAGAGAUUUCGUUGCUAAUGACAAAACUUAUGCCAAAAAAGUGUGAAAACCAAAGAGAACCAAAGUUAUUUAGUUAAAUGCCUCCGACGGAGACUACGGUUGAGGGGACCGGUAUGCUGUGCCUUUCGAGACACGACAACUGCCCCUGGAGUGAAGCCCUAAAGUCGGCUGACGUCGACUGGACGGGGAUCCAGUACACCUGCCUCAAGAUCCUCCAUCUAUACUGCAAGGUCUUCGAGAAGGAAGAUGUUUUGGAUAUGGUUAUUAGAAAAACUUGCAAGUCAUGUGGUUGCGACCGACUGAAGCACUCGGUGUACCACGAGGAGUUGGGGUCUGUCCGCGACCGGCUCGGGCUGAGGGAAUCCAAGAUCAACCACCACUCGUACGACAGCCCACCUGGACUUACUGCUAAGCAGACCGAAUUGUAUUGGUCGUCGUUAGCAGAGCGGGCGCCGACCGGUCUAGGUGGCGCCACUGGGCCCGCAGCGUGGAGGGCCUGGCGAACUAGAGCAUUAGCUUCUCAGUUACCGAAACAAGAUCUCUCAUUAGCACACUGCAGACAUAUCGAUGAGAAUCAUCGCAAACAGUAUGAAGACUUCGUCGCGGCUAGGAACGAAAUUGCACUUGACAUUGGAAAAUUUGUUUCAGGCGUUGCAAGUCAAUAUCACGGUGCAUCCGUUGAUUGUGCGGGGUGCAAUAAACCUAUUCGAAGUGGGAGUAUCACCGUGCAGGCGCCGCGGAUAGGUGAAGAAGCAUAUUUUCAUCCAACAUGCUUCUCAUGUGCGGAAUGUGAAGAAUUACUUGUCGAACUAGCGUAUUGUGCGUUAGACGGACGAUUGUAUUGCGUUCGCCAUUAUGCAGAGCGACUGAAGCCGAGGUGUCAUGCCUGUGACGAGCUUAUUUUCAGUGGCGAAUACACCAAGGCGAUGAACAAGGACUGGCACAGCGGUCACUUCUGCUGCUGGCAGUGCGACGAGUCGCUGACUGGCCAGCGCUACGUCCUCAGGGAUGAGCACCCCUACUGCAUCAAGUGCUACGAAAGCGUCUUCGCCAACGGCUGCGAAGAAUGCAACAAAACCAUCGGCAUCGAUUCUAAGGACCUGUCGUACAAAGACAAGCACUGGCAUGAAGCCUGCUUCCUCUGCGCCAAGUGCCGCGUCUCCCUGGUAGACAAGCAGUUCGGCUCCAAGCUCGACAAGAUCUACUGCGGCAACUGUUAUGAUGCCCAGUUCGCCAGCCGUUGUGAUGGCUGUGGCGAGGUGUUCCGCGCUGGCACCAAGAAGAUGGAGUACAAGACAAGGCAGUGGCACGAGAAGUGCUUCUGCUGCGUGGUCUGCAAGAACCCCAUCGGCACGAGGAGCUUCAUCCCUCGUGAGCAGGAGAUCUACUGCGCUGGUUGUUACGAGGACAAGUUCGCUACUCGCUGCGUCAAGUGCAACAAGAUCAUCACGCAAGGUGGCGUAACCUACAAGAACGAGCCCUGGCAUCGCGAGUGCUUCACCUGCACCAACUGCAACACCUCCCUGGCAGGACAGCGGUUCACGUCGCGUGACGAGAAGCCCUACUGCGCGGAGUGCUUCGGAGAACUCUUCGCCAAGAGGUGCACUUCCUGCACCAAGCCCAUCACCGGCAUCGGCGGCACCCGCUUCAUCUCAUUCGAGGACCGCCACUGGCACAACGAUUGCUUCAUCUGCGCCCAGUGCAAGACCUCCCUCGUUGGCAAGGGCUUCAUCACUGACGGACCUGACAUAAUCUGCCCCGAGUGCGCCAAACAGAAGCUCAUGUAAAUACGACCACAUCACGCACAGCUACCUAACGCUUCCUCUCUACUGGCCAACAUAACCACCAUCGAGUGAAUCACCGAGAAUCGAUUUCCAAAUCGAUUUAUAUCGUUAGUUAGUCGAUUCUUGUUCAACAAAAACAUGUGACUAAUAUAUUUUUGUGUGCUUUUAUAUUUAUAGCGAAAAAACCAUUCUACCGGUAGUCGCUAACGCCAGGGACUGGGUCGCGUCUGAUAGGAAGGAUACAUCGAGCAAUGUGCUAUUCGACCUCUUUGACAACAUAAACUUUCACAAGGUCAAUGUCAACCCUUAGAACGUUACUUAGAAACUUGUUGACGAUAUUUUUAUACAAAAAAAUAACGAAAAUCACAAAAAAAUGUGAAUGCACAAAUUGUGUUAAAGUAUUUAAUUAAAAGUAUUUAAUUUCGCUUUUUGAAAUCAUUUUAUUUAUAUAUAUUGACUGUGUAGUUCUGACUAAUUGAGACCCUGUAUCUAUACUACGUAGGUAUGUAUUAUGUGCUAAUUGCCAUAUAAUUUCGCUUUGGCUGUUGUAUUAGUCUUUAGAUUUAUAAUUGUCAAUUUACCUAGUGCGAUUCACACGAUGCCUUAAUAACUUAUCUAAGUCAAUUUCGAGGGUAUAUUGUUUCUUGUUGUGCGACCACUUUAUUUAAUAAACCUUGUGAUCUAAGUCUUGCCUUUCUUUCUACUUGUAAAAGGACAAUCUAUUGUGUUCAAUGUUUUUAAGUAAAGCGGUCCUACAACCAGUCUGGUGUUGCCAGAUAUAUAAUUUCUUUUUAUUAAUAGACAUCCUAAUGGAUGGUAAUAAGUGCUUGUCAUGUAACAUAGUAUAUAAGAAAUUUAUUGAAAGAGUAAUGUACGUGUUAUAUUUUAAGUAUUUAUUUAUAUGGGAGUACGCACUUAUUAUCUGUGGGGACGCCGAUGGUGUUGCCGUGUCACAUUGAAAAGAAAAGAAUGAGAUUUUUAGAUGUAGUGUUGCCAUAUACGCCAUCGGUAGGUCGCUACCUAACACUAAUGUUAAGUGACAUCUAGUUUUACUAAUAAAAAAUAAUAAUAUAAAAAUAUUUUUGUUCUCGAAUAAGAACUAUCGCGUUAAUUGAAUGUUAUCGAUAUUUUUACAUGAUGGUAAAGAAAUACUUUAGCGUGUAGUGUGAGUAACACCUGAGUUAGAUCGCAUGCGCGACGACCAUGAAAUGAUUGGGGAACACUUUAUAAACGUUACUUGUUAAGGGUUAAAUUAUUCGAAUGUUGAAUUAUUAAUUUAUAAUAAUGUGUACACUUAAAAACAACCGCUUAGCUGUGUGAUCUGAUCUAAUUAAAUAUUUCUAUCUAUCUAUAGAAUGUAAACUAUGAAACUGAAAUAAACGAUUUAAAAGUAUUUCA